AUGGCGGGGAGUGAUCUUUCCACUGCAAAUCUUCCAAUACUCACGAAUAAGAACUGGACGAGAUGGAGCACACAGAUGAGGGUGCGUUCAAGUUUCAAGAAGAGGGGAGAAGAUCAAGAAGUGAAGCUUCAAACCCUCAGAAGGCAGUAUGAGUUACUGCAGAUGGAAGACAGCGAUAGAGUUGGUGAAUAUUUCAACAAAAUAAUCACCAUUACGAAUCAGAUGAAAGGAUGCGGGGAAGUCGUCAAUGAUACCAUGAUCAUUGAGAAGAUCAUGAGAUCGCUGCCACGGAAGUUCGACUAUAUUGUGGUUGCGAUAGAAGAGUCGAAGGAUCUCUCAAAGAUGAAGGUUGAAGAGCUUCAAAGCUCGCUGGAAGCCCAUGAAAUGAGAAUGGCUGACAGAAACCCAGCCAAGAACGAUGAACAGGCGCUGAAAGUGCACCACUUCAAGCAUGAUGAAAAGAAGAAAACCAAGAAGUGGAAAGGGAAACGAUCAAAGGGGAAUUGGAAGUUUGAUAAAGACAAGACUGAGAAUGGGUCUACGUCAAUGGAGAAAGGUGGAAAGGAAGAGAAAAGCCAUCAUUCAAAAAAAGAUAAAAGAAACAUAAAAUGUUUCAACUGUAACAAGUACGGGCAUUUUGCAUCAGAGUGCCAUGCAGAUGAAGGGAAACAAAAGCAAUAUCAGUCUAAGGAAGCAAAUGUCGCUCAAGAGAAUUCAGAUUCAGAACCUCUAACUCUGAUGGUGACAACGUCAGGUAAAGGCUCCCACUCUCAAAACGACAUGUGGUAUCUUGAUUCUGGGUGCUCGAACCAUAGACAUGUCAUCUGGACUGGCUGA